GUGACCUAUUUUUUUUUUUUUGCUAUUUUAAAUGCUGCUUGCCAAUUUACAUAUUUGGGACAAUUUUUAGAGAUAUUGUGGGUUGUUUGACAUGAGUUGGUAUGAGUUACUCACCUGCAGUGGUUCAGAUUGGUUCAAAGAUCCCUGCCUGAGCUAAUGUCUACGCAUCACAGCAGAAAUGGAAGUGUUGCUGGUUUCUGGAAUCUCAGAUGCAGAGGAUGCUCAUAUCCCCUUCAGUGUCGUGGUGACAAACUCAGUAACGCCCCACAAUCCGAAGACAUACAGCACUUACGUGCUUGAGAGAGGAAUCUUACUGGGUGGAUUGAGGAGACUGCAGGACUGUGGCAAAGACUUUAUGUUCACCUACACAGAGGAUCCAAACUAUGGCCCGUUCCUACAGAGUGUGAACGGUUUGGCUGGAAAUCCAGAGCAACAUACCUACUGGGAGCUCCUGGGCAAGAAACCCAAUGGCCCAAUCAUCAGACUUGAUGUUGGUAUUGGAUGUUACAUUCCCUGUGCAAACGAGGAAAUCAUCCUGAACUACACCAAGUACUGAAAAUCAAGAUAACUGGACAUCAAAAUGGGACCAGAUUCAAGUGUAUCAUUAUAUUUUUCAUAAUUAUUAAUAAAAAAAGAUGCCUUGGUGUUUGUUGUUGGAGAGAAUGAACAGCUAAGCACAUGGUCCUUCAUGCAUUGAAUUAAACAGCUUACAAAGGCAAGUAGAGACAUGGAAAUUAACAUUGGUUGUAUGAGUGGGAUAGAAACAAUUAAUAUUUUAUCAAUAUUUUUUUGUAUUUACAAAUGAAACUAAGCCUUGGAUCAAUAAUGUUCAAAUCAAUUAUUUCAAUUUGAUGAAAAUUUGUUUUUCAAGUUCUGAUAUUGGUAAUCUUUUGAAACACAAAGACAUAAAUGCAAGACAUGAUUUAUAUAGAAAAUGCACUUUGUAAACUAGUUUUUUAUCACAGAUAUUUUUCAGAGGCAAUAUUCCACGGUCAGAGUAUGAAUUAAACUGAGCAAACGUUAGGAUAAUUGAGCUAAAGGGAAGCUGUUAUUGGAAGGAACUGUGUUUCCAAUAGAAAUUAUGUUGGUGACAGCACAUGUAAUUAAAAUGAAAUAAUAAAUGCAAGGUUGAAGAAUUAAAUCUGUUU